AUGGGCGUGCGGGGCGCCGGCGGCAGGGUGGCGUCGCGUCAGUUCGAGGCCCUCAGCUUCGACACAGGCGCCCAAUUCUUCACGGCCCGCAGCCCCGACUUUCGCAAGCAGCUGGAAGAGUGGCAGGCAUCCGGAGUGGUGCAGGAGUGGCGCGGCCGGCACGGACGCAUAUGCACAGAGGAUGGCACCUUUGAGCUGCUAUCCACGAGCAGCAGCGGCGGCAGCGGCAGCAGGGGCGGCGGCGGCGGCGGCAGCAGCGGCUUCUGUGGCUCGCUCACCGGCCUGCCGCUCUACGUCGGCACUCCAACCAACAAUGCGCUCUGCCAACAAAUGGCUCGGCAGCUGCAGGAGCAGCUGGGGGCGGCAGAGGUGCAAUCGGGAUGCAUCGUGCAGUCAGUGACACGCACCAGCGGCGGCUGCGGCGGCGCCGGCAUGCAGUGGCAGCUGAGGGGCAGCCGGCAGGGGCGUGCCGCGGCGGGGGAACCCCCUCAGCCAGCAGACCAGCAAGACCUGGGCUCUUUUGAUGCCGUCAUCCUGGCCGAUGCCAUGCCGCUGAUCCCAGGCAGCGCCGGCCACGUCAGCGGCAUCGACCAGCUGUCCACCUCGCUUGCCCAGCUGGCAAGGAGCGCGCAGGCGGCGGCCCCGCAGGCCUGCUUCGCGCUCAUGGCGGCCUUUCACCAGCCGCUGCCGGGCGUCCCCUUUGACUCUGCCACCAUGGAUCCCACCACCACCACCACCACCAGCAGGGGCAGCGCAGCAGCUUUCCAGUGGGUGGCCUGCAACAGCAGCAAGCCAGGGCGGCCGAUUGCCGACGGCGGCGGUGGCGCGCCGCAGUGCUGGGUGGCGCUGACCAGCCCGCAGCGCACGCAGCAGCUGCUGGAGCGCCACCCGCUCAUGCUGGAUGGCAAGCUGGUGCCCCAGACCGACGGCUACAGGCGGGCGGUGGCGGCAGAGCUUCUGGCCGACUUCCGAGCCCUCAUGCAGCCCCUCCUCCAGGGCCCGCUGCCCGACCCCGCCUACUGCCACGCGCAGCGCUGGGGCCGCGCCUUUGUGGCGCAGCCCUUGGGAGCCGAAUUCCUGCUCCUGCCUGCCCAACGGCUGGCGCUGUGCGGCGACGUGGCGGCCGGCAGCAGCGUGGAGGCGGCCUGGCGCAGCGGGCGGGCGGCAGGGCAGGCUGUGGCGGCCAUGCUGGCGGCCAGCGGGCCCGCUGCGGCCAGGGCGGCGGCGUGA